AUGGUCGACAAAAUAACUGAUAGCUUCACGCGAAGUACUCCCUUAUGCACCCAUUGUAAACGCGAAUUCACGGCUGACAUUACGCCACAACCACUUCCACCACAUAUGCUCCAUGCAGAUUACCACCUUUCGGAUGUAGAAAUUAUUCAAAACGGUGCCAUAUUGGCGGAAGAGAAAGAAGUUCUGCGCCAAUAUAAUGAGGUUUUGGAAAGACUUCAGACCAGUGUUGCACCGACCCCGGGUCAGACCCUGGGUCGGGGGUCGGGAAGAUUUUUGAAAAUGCCCGACCCCUCCCGACCCCACCAGCUGGAGGGGUCGGCGCCAAAAGUCGUGUAG